GCCAGACUGUGCAUCCCACAUGAGCUACGAUAAUCCUCCGCCCUACCCCGGCCCGGGCCCCACCGCCCCGUACCCCCCCUAUGCCCAGCAGCCAGGGGCCCCCCCUGGCCCCUACCCUGGCUACCCCCCCGGGCCCUACCAGCCAGGCCAGCCGGGCUACCAAGGAUAUCCCCAGUAUGGAUGGCAGAACGCUCCUCCACCGCCGCCAGGACCAGUGUACGCAGAUGGGCCGAAAAACACAGUGUACGUCGUGGAGGAGCGGCGGAGGGACGACACGGGCGAGAGCGCCUGCCUGACGGCGUGCUGGACCGCGCUCUGCUGCUGCUGCCUGUGGGACAUGCUGACCUGAGCCCUGCCGCCCCGCCGCUCACCGAGUGCUAUGCAGGCUCCCCACUCCUGUCCCGACUUCUUUCUGUUACUGUAAUCAACGCUCUGCUUUGCACAGCCAAGAGUUCCCGUCUGUCCGUCCUAGCGCCUUGUCGGGGUGGGGGGUGCACUCCUUUAUUUUAGUAAAGGAAAAAAAAAAAAAACCCUUUUUAACAUUUCUAAGACUUUUGUUGUGACUUUGAAGAAUGUGCUAAUGGUGUAUUUCAGCCAAGGGCAUUCUGAUGAAAUGUAUAUUUACCAGUUGAGAUUUUCCUAGCCCUAGAGACGAAGACGUACGCAAUAAUUAAAGCCAACAGUUGAUUUUUCUUCACUA